GGCUGAACAAGCAAUAGAAGUGAUCGAAUAUAGAUGCCAGUUUAAUUGAGCAUAAUUGCAACAAAACUUACGGGGCAUGCUUUUGUUCGUUGUGGGAGCACCAUCUCUUCCAAUAUCUGAUCCUCCUAAAAGGGUUUUUACUUGCACAUCGGAAGUUGGAACAACUAUGUCGAUCAUUGCUUCCACAAUUCUUUUUCUUUCUGCGCUUCCAGUGGCAACUGCUCAAGCAGCUCAACAAAAGAACUUAAACUUGACCCAAGGCUCUUCUCUUUCCCCCAGUGGCAACUCAUCCGUAUUGCUCUCGCAAUCCGGCAUUUUCGCCUUUGGGUUCUUUCCUUUUGGUGAUGGUUAUUCAAUAAGCAUAUGGUUUGAAGGAACUCCACAGAAAACUGUCGUCUGGACAGCCAACCGGAAUGACCCUCCACUCUCCCGCAAUGCCAACAUUGUAUUUACUAGCGAUGGUAGGCUCAUCUUGCAGAAGUUGGGAGGCCAAGAAAAAUCCAUUGCCAACGCCACAGAGCCUGCUGUGUUGGCUUCAAUUCCAUGCUCGACUCUGGCAACUUUGUCCUCUAUGAUUCGAAUUCAACAAUUAUAUGGUAAAGUUUUGAUUACCCAACGGACACCCUUUUGCCUGGCCAACUCCUACGAGCUGGGAAUGAGCUCGUUUCUAGCAGCUCUGAGACCGGUAGGUUGAUGGGAAUCUUCCGGAUCAAGAUGCAGAUUGAUGGGAACGUUGUGUUGUAUCCGGUAGGUUUUCCUGAUACUACACACUAUGCUUAUUGGGCAACAGUAACGACUUUUGUUGGGAAUAACGCAACGCUGACGCUGGAUGGAAAUGGCCGCCUAUGCAUGCUCAAUAGUACUGGUGUCAACGUAAAGAACAUUACCAACGAAGGGAUUCCCUCUGAUGGGAAGAGGUACCGUGCCACAAUUGAUAAUGAUGGGAUAUUCCGCUUAUAUUCUCGCGACUUGAGUGAGAGUGGUAAUUGGUCGAUCGUAUGGUAUGUGCCAGGAGAUUUAUGCCUUCCUAAAGGCAUAUGGGAGUUAAUGGGUAUUGUAGCAUAAAAAAUCAACAAUCUUUUUGCACUUGUCCUGCAGGGUUUGUUUUCAUCAAUCAGGAGCAAAUGAAUUUGGGUUGCAAUAGAAACUUCACUGCAGAAAGUUGUUUAUCCAAGAAUAAAGAUA